UCUGAGCCUACGUCAAAAACAAAGUUUUUUAAAGCAGUCAGGUAGGGAUUUUAGAUGCUUCAGCAAUUUCCAGCCCACUGAAAGAGGAACAUGUUUUUUUCUAUAACUUUAGGUUAUACUCCAGAGGGUACUGGUAUAUAGGCAAGAAUAGCUUUUUCUUGUGUUGUGCUUAUAUAUUUUAAAAUAAAAGAAUUUUCUGAGGAAAAUCUGAUUCACGUUUACUGAUUCCUGGCUCAUUAGAGAGUAAGACAGGAAAGCAGAUAAUACCAACCGACACACGGACCUAACCAGGUGCUUCCUGAAAAGACAUGACACAACAAGUUCCAAGAUGUCUUCAGUCGAGAUAAAAAUGGUGUAGUCCAGGAUUGCACACCAUCCUGCUGCACCAGACUAACGAGUGAGUGCAGUUUAGCGGGACAACGCUGCUUUACUGUUCUACUAGCUGCAUGUGAAAAAGCCAACAAAUCCACUGAGACAAAACCGACUAACUCUAAGCAAGACAUGGGGAAAGGCUUCUACACCAGGAAAACAGUGGUGGUAUGUGUGGUUGCAGUCAUUGUGGUUGUUGUGACCAUCAUCAUCACCCUGUCUGCGGUGCAUGCUCGGAACAAAUCUAACCCAAAAGAGCCUUGGCAUCACUACAGACUUCCAAACACCCUCGCUCCUGUCUCCUACAAUGUGACCCUGCGACCUUGGUUGAAGCCCAAUGCUGAUGGGCUCUACAUCUUCACUGGAAACUCCAUGGUGGUUUUCACGUGUGUGAAGGAAACUGACCUCAUCCUCAUCCACUCCAACAAGCUGAACCUAACCCUUUUUGACGGGUUCCAUGCCAGGUUGAAGAACCUAGAUGGAGCUUUUACGCCCAGCCUGAAAAAGACCUGGUUGGAGGUUCCAACCCAGUACCUGGUGGUCCAGCUCAACAGCCCACUGGAGGCGGGCUUAAAGUACGAGCUCUUUACGGAGUUUGUUGGAGAGCUGGCUGAUGACCUGGCAGGUUUCUACAGGAUUGAAUACGUUGAAGACGGGGUGAAAAAAGUUGUGGCGACAACUCAAAUGGAGUCGACAGAUGCCAGGAAAGCCUUCCCCUGCUUUGAUGAGCCGGCAUUGAAAGCUGUCUUUCAUGUGACCCUUAUCCACCCUCAUGAUACUGUGGCUCUGUCCAACGCCAUGAACCACAACCCUGUAAACGUCACUGUGGCUGGCCAGAAUUUAAUUAAGACCAGCUUUAAACCCACAGAGGUCAUGUCUACCUACUUGCUGGCUUUUGUUGUAUGUGAUUUUGCAUACAAUGAGACGAAUCCAGAUGCAGAUGUUUUGAUUAGGAUCUGGGCUCGCAAGAAAGCCAUAGAGGAAGGUCAGGGAAACUAUGCCCUGGAAAAGACUGGACCCAUACUAGCUUUCUACGAGAACUACUACAAUUCUUCAUACCCCAUGAACAAGUCCGACCAGAUUGCUCUUCCUGACUUCAUCGCUGAAGCCAUGGAGAACUGGGGCCUGAUCACCUACAGAGAGACUUUUCUCUUGUAUAAUCCUUUAGUGUCAUCUAAUGGAAACAAGGAAUGGGUGGCUACGAUCAUCUCCCACGAGCUCGCACAUAUGUGGUUUGGGAACUUGGUGACCAUGAAAUGGUGGAAUGACUUGUGGCUUAACGAGGGGUUUGCCACCUAUGUUUCUUAUCUCGGAGCCCACUAUGCUGAACCGACGUGGAACAUGAAAGAUUUGUUUGUUCUGAAUGAGAUCAUGGAUGUGAUGGUUGUGGAUGCUUCUACUUUCUCACGACCUGUCUCUCUCGAAGAGGAGGACAUCCUGACGCCAGAUCACAUCAGUUCGAUGUUUGACUCAAUCACUUAUAGCAAGGGUGCUGCUGUCCUGAGGAUGCUCUCAGAGUUUAUCUCUGAAACUGUCUUUUCCCAAGGACUCCAUACAUAUUUGGAGGAGUUCCAGUAUAAAAACACAGACAACAAAGACCUGUGGAAGCACCUACAAAUGGCAGUAGAGAAGUCUGGCAUAUCACUGCCCCACCCUGUGGAGGUUAUUAUGAACCGGUGGAUCCGACAGAUGGGGUUCCCUGUGGUCACCAUCAACACUCAGACUGGACAAAUCACCCAGAAACACUUCCUGCCUAAUCCUGAGGCUGUGGUGGACAGAACUUCAGAGUUUAACUAUGAAUGGUUUGUCCCCAUAACCUGGAUUAAGACUGGUGGAGCUGAACAACAGUACUGGCUUCUUAGCAAAGAAGCUACAAAAAUAGAUAUGGUUCUUCAAAAAAAUGAUUGGUUGGUGGCAAACAUAAAUAUGAAAGGCUUCUAUAGAGUCAAUUACGAUCCUAAAAACUGGGAACGCCUCCUUGACAAGCUGAUCUCCAAACAUCAGGAUAUUCCAGUGAUCAACCGGGCUCAGAUUAUUGAUGACUCUUUUAAUCUAGCAAGGGCAAAGAUAGUGAAUACAGAUUUGGCUCUGAGGACUACCAAGUUCCUGAAUAAAGAAGUUGAAUACAUGCCCUGGGAGACAGCCAGACGCAAUUUGAACUAUUUCAACCUAAUGUUUGACCGCAGUGAAGUUUAUGGACCCAUGCAGACUUACAUAAAAAACCAGGUCACCCCUCUGUUUGAAUACUUCAGAGAUCUCACGCUCAGCUGGACAAAGAUCCCAGAAAAGCACACUGAUCAGUACAAUCAAGUGAAUGCAAUUACCCUGGCCUGCAGUGCAGGACUUGAAGACUGCACAAAAUUGACUACUGGCUGGUUCAAAGAGUGGAUGAAGAACCCUGCUAUUAACAACAUUAGUCCCAACCUGAGGUCCACAGUGUACUGCAGUGCAAUUAAAACAGGAGGAGUGGAGGAGUGGGACUUUGCCUGGACCAUGUAUAAGAACGCCACUAUCGCCUCAGAAGCUGAGAAACUUAGAGAAGCUCUGUCCUGCACCAAAAUGCCCUGGCUGCUGAACAGGUACCUGCAGUAUUGUCUGGAUCCAAAGAAGAUCCGGAAGCAGGAUGCAUCUUAUACCAUUAUUGACAUCGCUAGUAAUCCUACUGGCCAACCUUUGGCUUGGGACUUUGUUAGAGCCAACUGGGACUUCUUAUUCCAUGAUUAUGUGGGUGGAUCAUCUUCCUUUGUAGAACUAAUCGAUGGAAUAACCAAACGUUUCUCUACGGAGUUCGAGCAUAAGCAGCUGCUGCAGUUUAAAGAAGAGAUUGAAUCGCAGCUGGGCUCAAAAGCUCCAACCCUUGAACACAUUCUGGAAAGAAUCAAGUCCAACAUGAAGUGGAUGGCCUCGAACAAGGAGCAGGUGCUGGACUGGUUCAUCAGUGAAACCGCCGUCAAUUCAGUAAUCUAAGGAAACCGCUCAGUGGACAGCAUUUAAAUGUACAAUGGAUUGUUCUACUAAAUACAAACACUUUUUUAAAAAUCAUUAUAUAUAUUCUGAAUCAAAUUAAUAUGUUUUUAGUGUAAAACUUUGAUUAAAACCUUUUAAUUUACUGCA